AUGACUCUGUCCCGGGAGCAGGACUUUGCAUUUACCUUUGAACUCCAUAAUGUUCUUGCCCGUCCGUGUCUCCAGCCUGUCAAGGCACCUCUGAAUAGUAGCCCUGCCAUUCAGCUUGUUGACUGCUUCCUGCAGCAUCCCUUUUCGGGCCGUGAUGUGCCCAUCUCUAACGGCUCGGGUUUCCUGGUGUCUCCGGAUGGGCUCAUUGUGACCAACGCACACGUGGUGGCGAACCGGCGGCGUGUGCGGGUGAAGCUGGCCAGUGGCGAGCAGUAUGACGCCGUGGUGCAGGACGUCGACCAGGUUGCAGACAUCGCUACCAUCAAGAUCAAGCCUAAGCACCCGCUGCCCACCCUGCCCCUUGGGCGCUCCUCCGCGUUUGGGAACUCCGGGGGCCCCCUUGUCAACUUGGAUGGUGAAGUGAUUGGGGUGAACACUAUGAAGGUGACAUCAGGCAUCUCUUUUGCCAUUCCCUCAGACCGGCUGCGGAAGUUCCUGCAAAAGGAGGAGCAGCGCAAAAGCUCUUGGUUUGGCAAUACAGAGACAAAGCGCCGUUACAUAGGGGUGAUGAUGCUGACUCUUACACCCAGCAUCCUAGCUGAGCUGAAACUGCGUGACCCCAGCUUCCCCGAUGUCUCCUACGGAGUGCUAAUCCACAAGGUGAUCAUUGGCUCCCCGGCCCAUCAGGCAGGGAUGAAGGCAGGUGACGUCGUGCUGGAGAUCAACGGGCAGGCAUCGCGCCGCGCGGAGGAUGUGUACGAGGCAGUACGGACGCAGCAGAGCCUGGCCUUGCUGGUGCGGCGUGGCUAUGACACCUUGCUGGUGAGCGUUGUCCCUGAGGUCACGGAGUAGCGGUGCCGUCGUGCAGGCUGCUGUGGGCGCUGGCUGGCGGUGCUGGCCGAGAGCUGAGGACACAGGACUGAGCCGUGUCUGUGCGCUGGUCAGGGAGAGACUGAGAGCUUGUGAGGGACUGGAAGGGGCCAGGCAGAGGGGCCCGGCCCGGUGCUUGGGUGGACUUGUGGUGCAACCAUUCCCCUCUGUACUCAAAUAAAGCACUUUUCUAGG